ACCCAUAGUUAAACAAAUUAAUUAUCAAAGUGCAUUAAAUAAUCAAACAUAUCUAAGGUUAGAUGAAGAAAAAGGACUGAUUGCUGACUUCAAAUGAAACACCAGAAAGUUGACGUUACAACGCAAUAGAAAAGGGGAGAAAAAUGAUGAACAUGAAUCCGCCGACGCACCCGCACCCUCACCCACAUCCUCAUCCACACCCACAACCGCAGUCCCAUCUCCAGUCGGUGCAGCAUCUUGGCCAGCAUCAGCCACUGCCCGCCCUGCUCCAGGGCCACCCAGCCACCACCCACUUCGUGGAGUGUCGGGCAUUACCAGCAAUCAACGAGACAUUUCCGCAAUUUGGCCAGCAUCGUCCGGCUAUUUCGCUGCUCUCCCCCUUGGAUCUUUCACUGCGCGCCGCGGCCAGUGUAGUGCCAAUUACUCCACCCUCGACGCCCUCGCCGCCUCGCAAGCGCCAGAGAUUAAUGUCCGAGGAGAAUUACCUGUGGCGUCCGCACAUGGCGAGUCCUGCAGCUCCAGCUCCAGUUGUUCCUGCGGCAGGACCGUCGAGCCUGGCAAUGCAGCCGGGCUACUUUCAUCAUCAUCAGCAGCUACAGCAGCAGCAGCAACAGCAGCAACAUCAACAACCACACCAGCAACAUCAUCAGCAAUAUGCCACACGCAGCAGCUUGGAGGGCGCUUCCUUUAAUAAAAGUCAUUUUCACGGGACGAAAAAUAACUUUGAGCAAAUUCCGGCGGGUCAAUCGAGCGUCAGCUCGCCCAUCUACGUGGAAGAUGAGACCAUUGUGCUGACCGAGGACGAGGAUGAAACAGUUGUCAGUUCCCAUGACUACAAUGAGUACGCCACGGACACGGAGGAAGUCAACGAGGGCGACGAUGAGACGCAGCAGGUACAAGUCAGCGAUAAUGGCGACGAUGAUGAGGAAGAGGUCUUUGUCGAUGUCCUGGGCAGUGACGAUGACGAGGAUGAGGCGGUGGACCCGGUGGCCACAAGAUUGCAGGCCCAACUAAUAGAGACUACGGCCCUGAAACGCAAUGAACUUCUGUAUGAGGAUGAGGAGCUGCACAACCAGGCGGUAAAUGGUUUGGCCAGACUCUUUGACCGGGAUUUUCCAGAGCCAGAUGUGGAGGUUUCCGAUUUGGCGGAAGUCCAGAGCAACAGCGGGAAGACCUACACAGAUCUAAGUGGCGUGGCGGAGAUUAGGACUACUAGUAACACCAACCUUCCACCGCCUCCUCCACCUCCUCCGGCUCCAGCGACUUCUUCAAUCCCUGCUACACCUCCACUUCCGCCUCCACCCAUAUCUCGACCCCACAAGGCGGAACGUAGAAGGUCGAAGCUACGAAAACACAUGGCCAUCGAUGAGGAGACCAUAAGUCCAGUUUCUGGCACCAUCAUUCGCAAACUGCGCGACGACGAGGAGCUGGUGGUGCGCAAAGGCGACAUUGAUCCGGCUUUCAACGUGGUCGAAAUCACCGAGGAGGCCAAGGCCAUCCUGGCCAGCAUCGACAACAAGAUUGGAGACUACAUGUGCCAGCUCUGUCGCACCGUCUACGAUGAUGCCUUUAUGUUGGCCCAGCACCGCUGUCCCCGCAUCGUUCACAUCGAGUACAAGUGCUCCGAGUGCGAAAAGGUCUUUAAUUGCCCGGCCAACUUGGCCUCCCAUCGCAGAUGGCACAAGCCCAAAGCGGAGGCGGCUGGCGUUAAUCCCGCCAAGAAACGAGUUGUGGAAACGAGCGAUCUGGUUCAGGAGGCGACCAGGAGCGGCGAUGAUGCCAGCGAUGGCAUUUAUCCGUGCCAUAUAUGCGGAAAGACUUUCCGACGUCAAGCUUACCUGAAAAAACACCAGGCCUCCCAUCAGAUGUUGGAUAAUCUCAAGAAUCUGGAUUUCUUCAAGUCCCAGCAGCAGCAGUUGGCCAUCAAUGGCCACCAAUUGGCCGAUCACGUCCAGCUGCAGCAUACAACUGGACAGGCGGUCACAUCUGCCGCUCCCUAUGCAUCCUUGCCUCGCCCACCGCCUGGCAUGCCCAUCUACCCGCCCCCAAGUGGUAAGAACUAUGCGGGUGGACAACGCUUUCCGGGAUUUCCCUUUCAGUCUUUCGAUCAGCGGCGCUUCUACUCCCUUGGCGAAUUCUAUCUAUCGCAGCACUUGGAGCGAUCCUCGGCCUUCCAAUACGUGCAGGCCAAUCACCUGAGGCAACUGUCCAAUGUGGCCCAAACUUUGAUGCCUCCUCUGCCCGUCAAAUGACCCAAUCCCAAUACGAAUGUCCUGCGGCCGGUACCACGCAUUGCGGCAACAACGACGGCAACGGGACCUCCAGCGGCAGCAACAGCAACCAGGCAAGAGGCAAGUGUUGCAGGGGUGUCCUCCGUUGGCCACGCCUUUAAUUGGGUGGCUCCCUCGGCCGCAGGUGCAACUGCAACGGGAAGUGCAACUGCAACUGCCACGGCGACGACUGCGGAGUCCGGCGGGAAUGUUAUCAUGUGACUUACCAACUAUUAGCAGCAUUGAA